AUGAAACCAGCAUUAGGCUUCCGUAGUACAAAGCUCAACAUCGGGCACAUCUGUACGGUCAUUCUCCCGGCCUACAUCUGCUUCCGUUAUCUCAUGGCUGUGACUUCGGGCAUCGAAACUCGACAGUCAUGGGUACACACUUUCCCCCAGAUGGACACCGUCAAUAUGACUGGCUCCAAGGAAGCAGAAAACUCACGUAUCAAGGGAACAGUAACGGCAAUCUUCAAUUUGGGCUGCCUCUGCAGUGCCCUUAGUUGUAUACUCGUGGGAGGUAUCCUCGGCCGGAAGAGAACGUUCUGGCUGGGUCUGUAUCAUCGGCUCCGUACUAUAGUCGAGUGAAUUCUCCUUGCCACAGUUAACAAUUGGGAGGCUUAUUGCUGGCUUUGGGUUUGGUGGAGUCACUGCUACUGGGCCAAAUUGGCAGAGUGAGACUGUUCAGCCCAUGUUAAGAGGAUUUAUUGCCAUGCUACAGAGUAUCCUUUUAUGUACCGGGCUAGCGCUGGCUGGGUGGCUGGAAUACGGAGUCGCGUUUACAGACGGAUCGGUGACCUGGAGGCUUCCUCUUGUAUUUGCUUGUUUUCUCUGCUUGGGAUUCCUAUGCUGGGACCCCGUUUGGCCCGACUCGGUACGCCCCGGUUGGCUGAUUAAAAAGGGCCGCAUUGAUGACGCCCGCAAUGUCCUUGCCAAGCUCCGCGACGAGCCCAUCGACAGCCCCAGUAUCGUUCACCAAAUCGAACAGAUUGAAAUGACGCUUCAGGAAACGGGACAGGGGUCGUUCAAGGAUAUCUUCGAAAUGGACCAGCACAAUUCGCCAACCGCGCCUUCAUCGCUGUUGCGUUACAGAUGGGCAACAGAUCUGUGGGGCCAAUGCGAUAACUUUCUAUCAAUCUAUCAUAUUCGAAACUUAUCUUGGCAUGAAUGAAACUCUGUCGUUGCUUAUGUCUGCGAUUUUUUUACAUGGUAAGUCAUUCCCUUUCCCCUCCCGGCGUGGUCCAAUGCCUGCAGGACGAAUCUCCUUGCGGGAUGAUAUUUAA